AUGGGGACAGCUCGGGGGUGGCUUUGGGACAGCGAUGGGGUGGAGGGUCCUCAAGGUUUCCAAGGCCCCCCUGGUGAACCUGGCGAGCCCGGUGCUUCCCUCCUCGAUGCGGAGUUCAAUCUUUCCCCUCUUCUCUCCCCGCAGGGCGAGCCCGGUGCUCCAGGCAACAAGGGUGACACCGGUGCCAAAGGCGAACCCGGUCCCGCUGGUGUCCAAGGUCCCCCCGGCCCUGCUGGCGAGGAAGGCAAGAGAGGAGCCCGUGGUGAGCCCGGCCCCGCUGGGCUGCCCGGCCCUGCUGGCGAACGUGGCGCUCCCGGCAGUCGCGGUUUCCCCGGCGCCGAUGGCAUGGCCGGUCCCAAGGGUCCCCCCGGCGAGCGCGGCUCCCCCGGCCCCGUCGGCCCCAAAGGAUCUCCUGGUGAAGCUGGACGCCCCGGGGAACCCGGACUCCCCGGUGCCAAGGGUCUGACUGGAAGCCCCGGGAGCCCCGGGCCCGACGGCAAGACCGGCCCCCCUGGUCCCGCUGGUCAAGACGGUCGCCCCGGCCCCCCCGGCCCCCCCGGAGCCAGAGGCCAGGCGGGAGUGAUGGGAUUCCCCGGUCCCAAAGGUGCUGCGGGCGAGCCCGGCAAACCUGGCGAGAGAGGAGCUCCCGGUCCCCCCGGCGCCGUGGGCGCUGCUGGCAAGGACGGUGAAACCGGUGCCCAAGGUCCCCCCGGCCCCACCGGUCCCGCUGGAGAAAGAGGCGAACAAGGUCCCGCUGGUGCUCCCGGCUUCCAGGGUCUGCCCGGCCCCGCUGGCCCCCCUGGCGAGGCUGGCAAGCCCGGAGAGCAGGUGAGUGUGGCGGCUGGAUGUGCCCCCUGCACUGUCCUGGGAGGGGAUGCUCUGUGUCACCUCUGUCCCCAUCCCCUGGGGACAAUCCCUCGCUGCGAGGAGGAGGAUGAGGAUGGUGCCAGCCUGUCCCAGGCAGGAUGA